AUGUGUGUCUCGCCUCCAAAAUUCCCCUUCUCUCGCCCGUCCGGAGCUAUCCCGCCGCUGGAAUAUGCGAAACUCAGAGCCACAAACCCCGUGUCCAGAGUCACUCUCUGGGACAACAGUCAGCCAUGGCUGGUUGUCAAACAUAAGGAUAUCUGCAGUGUUCUCACGGAUUCACGUCUGUCCAAGGAACGGACACGCGCUGGCUUUCCCGAAAUGAAUCCCGGCGGCAAGGAGGCUGCCAAAAACCGCCCUACUUUCGUUGACAUGGACCCUCCAGACCACGGGCGUCAAAGGAACAUGGUUGCCUCCCUUUUCACAAGGGAAUCUUCUGAGACAAUGCGCCCGCAUAUCCAAGCCACUGCAGACGCCCUUCUCGAUGAGAUAAUAAAGCAGGGUUGCGAGAAGCCCGUUGACUUGGUCGAGAAGUUUGCUCUACCGCUGCCAUCCUAUAUCAUAUACGGGAUCCUGGGUGUGCCAAAGGAAGAUCUGGCAUACCUCACUGAGUGUAACGCCGUCCGUAGUAAUGGAAGUUCCACCGCAGCAGCUGCGUCUAAUGCCAAUAAGGAACUCCUGGACUACAUCGGCAACUUGGCUGAUAAGCGACUUGAAAAGCCAGGAAACGAUAUGAUUAGCAAACUUGUUGUGGAGCAGCUUAAACCGGGCCACAUCGACAGACUUGAUGUCAUCCAAAUCGCCUUUUUGAUGCUUGUUGCCGGAAACGCCACCUUGGUGAACAUGAUUUCGCUUGGCAUCGUCACCCUUCUUCAACAUCCCAAACAACUCGCAGAUCUCAAAGGCAAUCCAUCACUCGCACCCAAAUUCGUCGAAGAGCUCUGUCGCUACCACACAGCAUCAGCAAUGGCCACGAGGCGCGUUGCUAAAGAGGAUAUCAUGCUUGGCGGCCAUCUCAUCAAAGCAGGCGAAGGUAUAAUUGCCGCCACCCAGUCCGGCAACCGAGAUGAAGACAUCUUCCCCAACCCAGACGUCUUCGACAUGCACCGCACGCGUGGCUCUGAGGUAGCGCUUGGCUACGGAUAUGGCGAGCAUGUUUGCGUCGCUGAGGGACUGGCUCGCACCGAACUUGAGGUUGUUUUCUUUCAUCACUGGUCCACUAACGUCUUACGUCUUAAACCCCACAAAAACAGCAACACUAUUCCGACGACUGCCGAACUUGAAGCUCGGCAUCCCGCUCUCCGAGGUCAAGUAUUCCCCUCCCGACGCUGA